GUUGAAAUGAAAAAUCGCAACCUGCGAAGAGGAAGCGAAGGGAGAAAAGUAGAAAACAGUGCGAUCGUCGCAGUAUCUCGGAAUCGAAGUGGGCGGAGAUCCAGCUGCGCGAUGAUGGCGCCAGACGCGGGAGCGGUGGCGGCGAACGAAGAGAAAUGCCUCUCCGAUGCUAUCGGGCGCCUCCAGCAUAACGCCUUCUACAUGCACCGCGCUCUGGAUUCGAAAAAUUUGAAGGAUGCGCUCAAGUAUGCUGGGGAGAUGCUGUCUGAGUUGCGGACUUCUAGUCUGUCGCCGCACAAAUACUAUGAUCUAUAUAUGAGGGCUUUCGAUGAGUUGAGAAAGGUGGAGAUGUUCUUCACGGAGGAGACUAGGCGAGGCAGCUACGUAGUGACUGAUCUGUACGAGCUUGUCCAACAUGCCUCAAACAUCUUGCCUAGACUAUAUCUACUCUGCACAGUGGGAUCUGUAUAUAUCAAAUCAAAGGAGGCUCCGGCCAAGGAUGUUCUUAAAGAUCUAGUGGAAAUGUGUCAUGCUAUACAACAUCCAGUUCGUGGGCUGUUCUUAAGGAGCUAUCUGUCUCAAAUAAGCAAAGAUAAGUUACCUGAUAUCAGUUCAGAAUAUGAAGGGGGUGCUGACACUAUUGAUGUUGCUAUUGAAUUUGUACUUCAGAACUUCACUGAGAUGAAUAAACUCUGGGUCAGAAUGCAAUAUCAGGGGCCCAUAGGAGAAAAGGAGAAGAGAGCUAAAGGAAGGAGUGAACUUCGUGAUCUUGUUGGAAAAAAUCUUCAUGUUCUUAGUCAGCUUGAGGGUGUUGACCUUGAUAUGUACAAGGAUUCUGUUCUUCCUAGGAUAUUGGAACAGGUUGUGAACUGUAAAGAUGAGCUAGCCCAGCAUUACUUAAUGGAUUGUAUAAUUCAAGUUUUUCCUGAUGAAUAUCAUUUGCAGACUCUUGAAACAUUAUUAAGUGCAUUUCCUCAGCUUCAGCCAACUGUUGACAUCAAAACAGUGCUGUCUCCACUUAUGGAUAGGCUAUCAAAUUAUGCUGCAUCGAGUACAGAAGUACUACCAGAAUUCUUGAAAGCUGAAGCUUUUUCUAAAUUGAGCAAUGCUGUUGGGAAGGUGAUAGAAGCACAGGUUGACAUGCCCAUCUUUGGAGCAGUAACACUAUACGUGUCCCUUCUUACAUUUACUCUUCGCAUACAUCCUGAUCGACUUGAUUAUGUAGAUCAAAUCCUGGGAGCAUGUGUACUGCGACUCUCAGGGAUUGCGAAACUUGAGGAUAGCAAAGCAACUAAGCAGCUUGUUGCACUUUUGAGUGCUCCAUUAGAAAAGUAUAAAGAUAUUUCUACUGCAUUAGAUCUACCUAACUAUUUGCUAGUCAUGGAUCAUUUGGAUACUGCAACAAAAAAGGUCAUGGCUAUGAUAAUCAUCCAAAACAUGAAGAACACAGCCUGCAUCUCAGCAGCUGAUAAAGUUGAGUCUCUGUUUGAAUUAAUAAAAGGACUUGUAAAGGAUCUUGAUGGCAGUGAAGAUGAGCUUGAUGAAGAUGACUUUGAAGAGGAACAGAAUUCUGUUGCUCGUCUCAUUCAUUACUUGUACUGCAAUGAUGCCAAGGAAAUGUUCAAGAUUAUAUUGACUGUGAAGAAGCAUGUUCUCCUUGGAGGUCCUAAACGCUUUUCUUUCACUGUACCUCCCCUAGUUUUUUCUUCCCUCAAGUUGCUUAGACGCUUGCAAUGUCCUGAUGGAGAUGUAAAUGGAGAUGACAUCUCUGAUACACAAAAGAAAAUAUUCCAGCUCUUGCAUCAGAUUAUUGAGGCCUUGUUGUCUGUUCCUUCACCAGAACUCGCUUUAAGAUUAUACUUGCAAUGCGCUGAGGCUGCUAGCCAGUGUGGUUUUGAACCAGUUUCUUAUGAAUUCCUUACACAAGCAUUUAUAUUAUAUGAAGAAGAGGUUGCAGACUCAAAAGCACAGGUGACCGCGAUACACUUGAUUAUUGGAACACUGCAGCGCAUGAAUGUAUUUGGAAUAGAGAACAGAGAUACUCUUACACAUAAAGCCACUGGGUAUUCUGCAAAACUUUUGAAAAAGCCUGAUCAGUGCAGAGCAGUUUAUGCUUGUGCACAUCUGUUUUGGGCUACCUACCAAGACGGCAUUCAAGAUGGAGAAAGGGUCCUCCUCUGUUUGAAGCGCGCUUUGCGGAUUGCCAACGCUACCCAGCAGAUGGUGCAUGCUUCCAGGGGUAACAAUGAACACGUGGCACUAUUCGUUGAAAUAUUGAACAAGUACCUAUACUUCUUCGAUAAAGGAAUUCCUCAAAUAACAAACUCGAUAAUUCAGGAUCUAAUUGAACUUGUCAGGACUGAACUGAAAAAUGACAACGAAAAAACAGACCCAUCUGGAUCUGCUGAAGCCUUCUUCUCCAGCACACUUCGAUACAUUGAAUUCCAGAAGCAGAAAGGUGGAAACAUCAGCGAAAAUUUUAAACAACUCGAAAUUUAACUGUUCAUGAUCUGGAGUUGGACAAAACACAAUUUUAUUUCCCCGAUUUUAAUACAAUGAGGCUUUGUAUCAUAUCAGGAUUUCCACUCUUCCAUUUGCUUUUUCUUGGUGGUACAAUGGCAAUAACACACUGUACAGAAGCAAUAUUUUAAAAAUUGCUUUAGUUCAAA